AUGAUUUCAGCCAAAUUAUUAAUCUUUUUCCUCUUUGUAUCAGCAGAGACUCUGAUUGGUAUAAUUUUUAAUGCCGGUAUUUUUAUUGUUAAUUUUAAAGACUGGAAAAGGGGAAUAAGUCUGAAACCCAUUGAUCGAAUUCAGAUGACCAUGGGACUGGUCUAUAUAUUCCUACAGUGCGCAAUGGUUGUUGAUUUCCUUACAGAACUGUUCUCUGCAUUUUUUCCCAAGAAUGCAAUAUUUCUAUCCCUUUUCUUUAUAUUUUUCUUAUUUUACUUCAGCAACUGGCUUACCGCCUGUCUCUGUGUUUAUUAUGUUACAAGCAUUGCCAACUUCACUCAUCAUUUCUUUAUUUGGUUGAAGAGCAAUAUCUCGUCAGUUGUGACAAAAUUCAUGCUGGUGUUUGCUGUGGGAUCAUUUAUAUUAAGUAUCCCAUUUAUGUGGAAUAUCGAUAUUAAAAACCAAACAGAAACAUCUGAGAAUACCACUGCUAAAAGUUACGGCAUUCAAGUAAACCGUUUAAGUGAAAUGAUAAGCACUUCCUUGGGAUUAUUCCUGCCCUACACUCUGUCCUCAGUCUGCCUCGGAUACACACUGACUUACAUAUUUAGACAUGUCUGGAGAAUAAAACACAAUGACUCGGGAAUCAGUCGCCCAAAUCUCCAGGCUCAUAUCAGAGCCGCCCGAACCAUGACUCUGCUUCUUGCUCUUUUUCUGAUUUUAUACUCAGGUCAAAUUGUUGAAUUUGCUACCACCAAACAAGUAGAAAAUUACAGCUUUCUGGUUAGCCAGUUUUUGUUCUUUUCCUUUCCUACAGCUGAAGCAAUUAUCAUUGUCCAGGCGAGUGCCAAGCUUAGAAAAGCAUUUCAGUUGAAGAUUUCUCUUGUAAGGAGAAUGAAAUGCAGAACUCAACAUGCAGAUAAUCUUUGCUAA